AUGGCCCAGCUCCGCCUCACCGACUUCUUCGGGCAGACAAAAGCGCCCACCGGAGCCCCGGCCAAGCGCAGCGGCGGCCCCCGGCUCAAGGCCGCCCUCGGCGGUUCCCCGGCGCACCGGGAGGAUGAGGAUGGUGCCCCGGCGGGGCUCAGCGCCCGCUCGCUGCCGCUGCCCGGCUCGCCGCGCACCCCGGCCCGCGGGGGCUCCCCGGCCCUGCGGGGCCUGGCGGGCAGGAAGCGGAGCCGCCGGGAGAUGGAAGCGGGGUCACCGACCGGGGCCCGGCUCGGGGAGCCCAGCGGGAAGUCAGCGCGGAAGAGGCUGGAGCUGCCCCGGGAUGCGGAGCCGGGGUCUCCGGGAGCGGCCACCAGCUCCUCGCCUCUGGCCACUCCUCGACCCCCGACGCCCCUCUCACCGGACCUGGCCGUGUCCCCCGCGGCCACCACCACCGGCCAUGGGCAGGACACGGGGACAGAGCCCGGCCCAGCCCCCCCGGGACCAGCCCGGCGCCUGCAGCGGGAGGACGUGGCCGAGCUGCAGGGCCGCCUGCAGAGGAUGAAGGUGCUGGGCCAGCUGCCCUCUGUCCCCAGCGGGACCAGCAGUGACCUGCGGAGCCGCCUGGAGUGGGUGCGGCAGCUGGAGCUGCGCGUCCGGCAGAGGAGAGCGGGGACUGGGGACACCGGGGACACCAGGGACACCAAGGACACCGGGACAGCAGCUCCGGAGGGAGACAGCAGCAAGAAGCCCCCGGCCUACCAGCGGUUCCACACUCUAGCCCAGGAGCUGCCCCCGGGGCUGACGCUGCCCUACAAGUUCCGGGUGCUGGCAGAGAUGUUCCGCAGCGUGGACACCAUCACCGGGAUGCUCUUCAACCGCUCCGAGACCGUCACCUUCGCCAAGGUCAAGCAGGGCGUGCAGGACAUGAUGCGCAGGCAGUUCGAGGAGCGGCACCUGGGGCAGAUCAAGGCCGUGUAUCCCAGCUCGUACCGGCUGCGUCAGGAGAAGAACGUGCCCACCUUCGGCAGCAGUGGGAAGAAGUCUGAGUAUCAGCUCACGCUGGAGCCUGUGCUGGGGGAAGAGGAGAAGGUGGAUGGGCGCCCGCACCUGUCGGCGUCACGGCUGCUGGAGCGCCGGAGGGAAUUCCACCGCAACCUGGUGAACAUCGUCAGGGAGCACCACAAGGCAUUCCUGGCUGCCCUCAGCCCUCCCAUGGUGGUGCCAGAGGAGAAGCUGACCCGGUGGCAUCCCCGCUUCAACGUGGACGAGGUGCCGGACGUGAGCCCCGCGGAGCUGCCGCGGCCGCCGCAGGAGGACAGGCUGAGCACAGCCCAGGAGGUGCUGAACACAGCCCGGGGGAUGCUGAGCCCCAAGAUGGAAAAAGCUCUUGCCAACCUGGCCCUACGAACGGCUGGAGCCGAUGCGGGGGAACCGACGCUUCCCAAAACCCCAACCCCUGCCAGCACCUCCAGCGCGCUCAAAGGGGUGUCCCAGGAGCUGCUGGACCGCGUGCGGGCGAAGGAGGCGCGGCGGCUGCAGGCGCUGCUGACCCGGGACGCGCGGCAGGAGGAGCGGGCGGCGCGGCUGGCGCGGCUGCCGGCCAUGGCGCGGGUCCUGCGCGGGCUCUUCGUGGCUGAGAAGAAACCUGCACUCAGCAUGGAGCUGCUCUGUGCCCGCCUGGCUGACAGCUGCCCCGAGCUGGUGGCACCUGGUGAGAUGGAGAAACACGUGCGGCUCCUGGCGGAGGUGCUGCCCGACUGGGUGGGUGUUCACACCCUCAGGACGGACACCUACGUCAAGCUGGACAAGGAGAAGGACCUGGGCCUCGUCACUGAGAGGCUCAACAAGCUGGCCAAGGAGGCUGGAGCUCUCUAAACCCCUCAAGGGUUGAGGUUUUUUCUGUGCAAUCUCCUGGAAAUGUAGCAGAUCCUGACAGCGCUCUGGGUUCUGGGGUGGGCUGGAGGGAGGCUCGUCCUCAGCAGUGGCUGGGGAAGGGCAAAAUGCCUUAAUUUAAUUAAUUCCUGUAGUGGGGUCCCUGAGGAUUGUAGCUCCCCUAGUCCCUGAGCAAUCCCUGUGGGGUGAUGAUGAACGCAGCCCUAACCUGAGGAACCUUUCCCUCUCCUGUGUUCUGAAGGUUCAGUGCAUGAGGGGUCUCCUCAAGGUCCAAUUUCAGAGGUUUCUUCCAUUAGCUGGGUCUGGUGGGGUGAAGGCAGAACAGGGCAG